AUUGUUUGUUUGUUUCAGAGUUUCAGAGCGAAGCCACAUUGAGUUACCUGGAUUUUAGCGUUGUAAGUCCGCGAGUUACCACUGUCCCACCGGGGGACUACUCUAAUGUUGGCCACAAGAGAGAAUCAUAGACAAUGAGCGAACGUUCAUCUCAUCACGUGCGGCUGGUGGUGCUGGGGGGAUCAGCUGUUGGAAAGUCGUCUAUCAUCAACAGAUUUCUCUUCGACACCUACAGUGAGAAACAUUGUCCUACUGUGGAAGAUAUGCAUUAUCGGGAGUUCGAUGUGGGCUCAAUGACCCUGAGAGUGGAUUUCCUGGAUACCGCUGGCGACAUGCAGUUUCCAGCAAUGAGGCGACUCUCUAUAGCCAACGCACAGGCCUUUCUUCUUGUAUACAGCAUAGCCAACAGGGAUUCCUUCGAAAUCCUGAAGAAGUGCCUUGAAGAGAUCCGGGAACAGCGUGCCGACUUUCAAGAGAUUCCCAUGGUUGUUGUUGGGAACAAACUGGACGUAGCCGUUGAUCUUCGAGAGUUGCCAAAAAAAGACGUCGCCGAGUGGGUUUACUGUGAACUUCCUCGACUUCGAGUCAAAGUCUUGGAAUGUUCUGCAAAAGAUGGCGUCAACAUCACAGAACUCUUUCGAUCCUUCCUCAGUCUAGCUAAAUUACAAUUUCCGUCAGACUCUACCGGUUUUCAUCGUCGUUCCAGUGCACACGGAUCUAGCAGAAAAACCAAAGGUCCAGAAGAAGGAGUUCAGAAGAGCGAGCCACGCAGUCGAAGUCUGAUCCGACGAGUGAGUAAGAAGUUUUCGAAAAUGCGAGAACAUGCUCAUCGUGAUAAUGGAUCGAACGACUGUACUGUAUCGUGAUUGCUCACAACGUUCACUUGCUUCUGAAUCCUUUUAUGUCUUCGAAUUGUACUGAAAUGAUUUUUUUUUAAUUAAGUAUUCGCCACUCUUCCCAUUCCAGGGCUGACUCGCGCGCUCCCUACUUACGGGAUUACCUGACUGUUCUUUCUGGCAUGCCGACGCUAUAAAUUUGUGAUGUUAAACAAACACAUAUCAGAAGAAUAACCCACUAAAACUUUUUGUAAACUCCUGUCCACACAUUUUUUAUCUUACGGUGAAAAUCUGACACCGUUUAAAGAAGUGACAUAAAACUGUCAGAUUGAUUUCUUUUAUAAAAAAGAUUUUCAUUUGAAAUGAGUUUGGAUAAUAAUAUGCUAUGAAAUAUAAUCCAUUUUUGUAGAUGAUUUUCUUUUUCUUUUCUGAGAAGAGUAAUACUAAUUAGAUUUUAAAAGUAAUGACCUUUUAGUUAAUACCGAAAUUUAAAAAAUGCAGAAUGCUAUUAUAAAAAUUAAUCGUAAUAUAUUAUUAACUAGUAAAUACUAAUAUAACACGUUGUGUACUGAUGCUUUGUCAGCACCAGAAUUCAAUGUUUGUAGUGGUUCUUAGAACUAGUAAAUACUAAUAUAACACGUUGUGUAAUGAUGCUUUGUCAGCACCAGAAUUCAAUGUUUGUGGUGGUUCUUAGCACUAGUAAAUACUAAUAUAACACGUUGUGUAAUGAUGCUUUGUCAGCACCAGAAUUCAAUGUUUGUAGUGGUUCUUAGAAGUGAGAUUUUAGUUUACUGGAGAAAUUUAGUGACCUUGUGUUGAAAGGUUUUAUGUUUUAAUAAACAGAAUAUAUGGCCGCAUUGUGA